AUGCCGGCCGCAUAUCACACAUUGAUGCAAUCUGGUCUUGAUCAUAUUUUCGUUGGCAAAAGCCGAAAGCAGUUUUCAAUUCACAAAGCACUUAGAAGUUCCUUCCCGAAAAGGGCCCUUGAGCCGAAGAUGAUUAAGGCUGUUGAUGAAGAAGUUUUUGGACGCUGCUGUGAGUUUGUAUACUCAGGAGAUUACUCUGUUCCUCCACCCAUUACAAAAUCUUCCAAAAACGAUGACCUGCAGGGAAGAGACAUUGAAACACGAACGCAGAAGGUGGCAAAAAGAUGGGACCCUUCUCAUUUGACUUGGAAUAUCUUCUCUCCAAAAGGAUUAUCGCAGAAUUAUGAUAGGCUGCUGCAAAAGCUUGACCACCCUCCACGAUCAAAAUUUGUAAGGGAGUUAAACAAUGACCCUUUCACUAGCUACGCAGCAGUAUUUUUGAGUCACGCUGAAAUCUAUUGUUUUGGAAUCAAAACCGGCUGGCGUUCCCUGGCUGCUCUAUCUGCCUAUCGGUUGCUGCGAUUGCUUGAGGAUUUCACGCUGUUUGAGGAACGGACGGAGGACAUCGUUCAGCUAUUGGAGUUUGUGUUCGAGGAUAGUGAGCAUAUGAUAGAUUUGGAAACAUUGUUGCGGGAGUACAUAAUCUGGAAUGUGGAGAUGAUGAUGCGAAAUGUCGAUUUUAGAGAUUUCCUGGAGCGAAACCCGAUGUUAGAACAGACUGUCUUCCGUGCGAUGUGGGAGUAA